AUGGAUGCUGGCAAUGCAAACAAGGAAGAUAUCUUUGAUACAAGCAGUGUGGGUGGACAAGAGAAGAUUUUGUUACAAGCUUUUUCGGGAAACCUAGACAAAUAUUCCAAAAACGCCGUUAUUCAAUUAUCGAAGCUGAUCUUUGAUGGGCAUGAUCCUCGCAACAGCCAACUUUUUCAACAACGAUACAUGACCAAUGCACAAGUAUACGCUAUCUUAGAGGAGCAACUCCCAAAAAUCCAGCGAGUAUUCUCCAUACGCCAGAUUGCCCUUCUGAUUACUGAACACAAGGAGCAUCUUGGAAAGCUGACAUGGAAGCGAAGCAGUGGAGAUAACACCAAGGUGCGAUCAUUGUAUGCCCUCAAAAUAGUCUGCACGAGGCAAAGUAUCAAUUAUUCUACUAACAGAACACUAGCAUCUCUUGAUCAGAUAUUGGAACUGGUUGAUCGACGAACGUCUGUGAAUGACAUUCAGGAUGAGAAAAAUGGUGAGUUUGCAGGCAACUAUUUCGAGACUCAUGGCACCCACAACUGGGAGGAGAUCUUUAACCAGGGGAAAGCUAAAGGCCUUUACAAGACCUACUCCGUGUGGGUCAGCGUGAAAACCGCGUACUAUCGAUUUAAAAAACAAAACAAAAAGUCGUAG